AUGCUCUUCACCGCAGCGCUCAGUUAUUUCCUUAUUUCGUGGAGCUCUAUAUUUUUGCUUGACUAUGUCCUCCGAGUAAGGAAUUUCGUUCCUUACAUGAACUUCGCCAAUAAAUACGGCUUGGAAGUUAGCCCUUUUCAGUUACGUGUGUAUGUAGCACGUUAUAAUGAAGGAGCUUAUCUACCGGCCUCAAAUGACAUCCUAAUAACACGGAAGAUUAAGAUCCAGGAUUGUCAAUCGUUUUUUGAAUUCCGAUUAAAAGUUCUGGUUGAUUAUUUGUUAGGUCUGGUGCCUAUCAUCCCUGGAGUGAACUUGCCUUGGAGUCAUAUACCGAUUUUUGUAAUUGUUUUAGCUAUAGCAGCUGUAAUACACGAGUUGGGUCACUCAUCGGCUGCGAAAACAUACAACAUUCGUGUUAAUGGUUUUGGAUUAUUUCUGUUAGGAUUAUAUCCUGGAGCAUUUACCGACAUCGACCAAGAGUCAUUGAGACGUAGCCACCCUCGUCAUCGACUAGAAGUAUUUGGUGGAGGCAUUUGGCACAAUCUUGUUUUAGCCGGUAUUGCAUAUCUGAUAUUCAUUUGGACACCUUACAUCCUUUCUCCACUCUUUGGCCAAGGUCAAGGAGUAACUGUGACAGGCUGCUGCACUCAAGGUGUUGAUAGUCGCUCUGGUCUUUAUGGUGUGGGUGGCUUGUCAGUUGGAGAUGUAGUAGUGUCUAUUGAUGAUUGCAUUAUUCGAAAGCAUGAGGACUGGCGGGAAUGUGUGCAACAUCUGGAGAAGGUGAGACAAGGCCGCUGUGUCCCACGUUCGGUCAUCGAUGCAUCGCUAGCUACUAAGACAUCGAUGUCGUUGGACGAACUGCACUGUUGUGAUGAUUUCGCAAACAUCACCUAUGCUCACAUGUGUUUUGAGUCAAUAUUACAAGUGACAGUUAAGAAUUUCGUCACAAAAGCGCAUUCGCUGAAUCGUAUGCUUCGUGUCAAUGUGAUUGAAUUAGGUGCAAGUCUUUCGUUUUUGUCUCAAAAGUGCUCGAGGUUUCAUAUUUUUAGCCAACCGAAGUGGUCUACGAAAAGCAGAAGCGUUCCCGACAAUUCAGUUGUCUUUCAGCUCAGUACGUUACUGCUCAACCUGCUUGCAACAACACAACAAUCUGCGCAGAGUGUACGCAAACGUUUAACAUUAAUUGAAAAUAAAACUAAGAUAGUAUUCAAGGAUGGAGUGGGCGAAGAGCGGAUAUGCGUGUUCGCAGCAUUGUUCAAUGGUACACAGUUGGCUCGCAUUUCUGUUAGAAACCAUGCCAGACCGGUUUUGUACGUUGGGAAUUUGGACGAGCUAAUCACGUAUGUACGAAUCGAUCCACUAGUUGCCCGUUUUUCAUGGGUUCCACACUACUGGGCAGAAUCAGUGGAACUCGUUCCUAAAUAUCUCUUCACUUUAUCGCUGGCUCUUGGUCUACUCAACAGCGUGCCUUGUUAUGCACUAGACGGGCAAUAUAUCGUUAUAACGUGUGUUAAUUGGGCGUGUAAAGUGUUCUCAAGACGGUACGUUUAA